AGGCGCGGAGGUGUGAGAAAGCGGCACGUGUUGGAGACGGUGCAAGGAGGUUGAUAAGAUUCGCCGCAACCCGGAUCGAUCUGGUUCACCAUCUCGUAAGCCGUGAGAGAGGUUUGACGUAACUUAGUUCUGUGUCAUCGAUGUCUUCCUUCUUUAGUGCGUACGAGCCGAUAGUUACAAGACCAAAGAUCAUUGAACCGUGCAACCGAGAGAUCACGUUACGUUUUAUUUAAAAAAAGUAAUGACUGACCAGAUUUCCUGCGACGGAGAUGUGCCGUGCGAGGCGUUUCCGGAAGUGCCGUGGAAAGAAAAACUCUGGGCCAAAAUGUCUCUCAGUUCGAGAGUUCUGGGCAAAUCGUGGCGAGUGCUCUACAUCGUCUGUGUUCCCUUGCUUCUGCUACCAGUGGCUAUUUACGUUGAAGGAAAGGCAGGAUGGUGCGCGUACAUUCUCCUUUGGAUGGCCUUCUACUGGUCGGCCGAAGCGAUUCCGUUGGCGGCUACCGCGCUGAUGCCCGUCUUUCUAUUCCCGUUUUUCGGGAUUCUGAAUUCACAGAAGGUGGCUGGAUUCUACCUCAACGAAAUCGGCAUGGUUAUGCUGUGCUCCCUCAUUAUGGCUGGAGCUGUCGAGACGAGUAACCUGCACAAGAGGAUAGCGCUGAAAUCAUUACUCGCAAUAGGAACAAGCAAUCUCAGGUUGCUGCUGGGAUUCAUGCUGGUCACUAUGGCGCUCUCCGUGUGGAUACCAAAUACAGCGUCCACUUCAAUUAUGGCGCCAAUCGUCAUUGCGGUCGUUGACCUCGUGCAGACCGCUUCAUCAUCCGUGGAAGACGACGAAGAAAGUCAUGCGUCUGAAUGCCUUAACAAGGGCAAGGACAGUGCUUCAGCGCCACAGAGCAAACUUUCAAGUGCUCAAGCUGCACGACAGAAGACGUUGCUGACGACGAUGCUGCUAUCAGUGGCGUACGCUGCCAACAUUGGAAGCACGGGAUCACCCAUAGGCACUGGUCCCAACUUAGUCCUCAAGGAUCUUAUCGACGAAAUGUUCCCGAGUUCGACGGAGGUCUCUUUCGCUUCCUGGAUGCUGUACAACAUACCAACGAUGAUUCUGUGUGUUCUCGUCGCUUGGGCCUACCUACUGCUGUCUUCCAUCAGAACAAUGCGCAGCUCAAGCCGUUCUACGGCCCAGGAGAAAGUGCGAGAAGAGAUUGCCAGGCGAUACAACGAGCUUGGGCCGCUUAGCUUUCCGGAGGUGUGUGUCAUGUUCCUGAUGGUAAUGAUGAUCUUGCUUUGGGUUACCAUGGAGCCACUGCUUCUUCCUGGAUGGGUGGAUCUUCUACCAUUCGGAAAUGCUAUCAAGGCUUCUGCGCCGGCCAUGCUGGUCACGCUGUUGCUGUUCUGCAUACCGCGGGAUCCCAGGCACCCGUGGAAGAGCGGGCCCAUCAUAACGUGGCGCGAGGCGAGCGACCGGGCCCAGUGGGGUGUCAUGAUCCUCAUCGGAGGAGGCAUGGCUGCCGGUGAAGCCUGCAUGCAAUCCGGCCUCUCGUCUCUCCUCGUCGAGCGUCUCAAGGGUCUCGAGGUGCUCCCCGAAGUACUCACUGUACUCCUGCUCUGCUUUGCGGCCUCCAUGUUGACAGAGGUGACGAGCAACGCCGCUGUCAGCUCCAUCCUCCUUCCUGUCGUAUGCAGAACGGCAAUCGCGAGAGGGGUGCACCCGCUGUACUUUGCCAUUCCGGUGACCAUCGGCUGCUCCUUCUCCUUCAUGCUGCCAGCAGCCACUCCGCCCAACGCCAUUGUCUACGAUCUCGGCAAUCUUCGCAUUCCCGACAUGGCGAAGCCGGGUCUCAUGAUGAACAUGCUGUGCUCCCUCGUUGAGACAGCCAUGAUUCACGCUCUCGGAGUCUACGUCUUCGGACUGCAGUCCUUUCCGGACUGGGCCAAAGAGAAAGAGCUGACGACGGCAAACUCUUUACUGAACGUCAGCGACAGUCACUUAGUGACGUCGGUUUCGACUGCGCAGAGCUACGGCGACGUACUAUCCACCCUAGCAAAACGCGUAUAG